CUGAAGACCUAUUCUAUCACGGAUGUUCACGGGUCUUUUCAGAUAUCGGGCCACCAAUAAACAAGUUAUUUCAUUUCGGGAUAAACAAAUUAUAAGCACUUACAGCAAACAGGUUCUGUGCAAACACAAGGUCAAAUUUUGUCAAUGAUCUGCAGAUGAAGAAAUUGACACAAGACUCAUUUUGCACAUGUCAAAUGGUGACUGUCUAAGACAGGGUCAUGAUUGUGAUUGAAACAGUUGAUACUAAAUGUAAUUGUUCUGGCCCUUCCAAUGUUUGACCGAAUAGAAGUGUGUCACCGCUGGGUAGCUGUUGGAACAGGCAGACAAAUCAGAUAUUUGGCUGUUCAUGUCCUUGCAACCAAAGAAAGCCUGUUGACUUCAAGUUAUUCUAGCAAUUACUGGUUUUGACCAGACAUGGGAAACUUCAAUCUCCUCGUACGUUGGCGGCUUUGUACCUGCACGUCAAAAGCGCUGCAUUUCAAGCUGACCACUGUUGGGGACGAAGUCUGGAGCCCGAAACAGACCUUUCCACACCAGUGGGGAUGGGGGAUAUUAGUAGCACAUGGCUAUGAGCCUUUGUGGACUACACUACUACAAGCAUCUGAGUCAUGGGAUGUAGUUGUAAGUCUGAUAGUGGGUGCAGAGCAAGGUGUGACUGUGUUGUGGCACAUUUGAUGAAUACACCACUUUGCAAACAUUUUGUCGCUAGCUAACCAAAGCAUCCGUUAUGUACGGCAUAUAAUUGACACAAUUUUGUUUCAAAAUAUAUUCAAGCUGCACUUCUGCUCAUUCGAGACGUCACACACAUCGCGGGUUCAAAUCCAGUAGUGCCCCGAUUAUAAUCCGUUGUUUGUCACUACCAUAUCCGCACUCCUAGCUUCAACACAAGUUCCGCUUUGUGUUUCCAUGGCAACACGUGGCGAACAUUACAGUGAGCGUUCUCUACAUCAUCAAUUAGUAUUUUCUUAACCCACGAAUUACCUCUAUGUUGAACAGAUUAAAGGUUUUACAGAUUACCGACGGUCUGGAACAUCUCGGUGGUAUCCGGUGGCCUAUAUUUGGAUGUCUCGUUAUCACAUACGUCCUGGCGUUCUUAUGUCUCUUUCAAGGGAUCAAGGUCUCAGGAAAGGUAGUAUACGUCACCGUGAGCGUUCCUUACAUACUCAUCACUGUCUUCCUUAUCCGGGGCUGUCUACUCCCGGGAUCAGCAGACGGGAUAUAUUACUACAUAUACCCCAAGUUUGAGAGGCUGCUGGAUCCAAAGAUUUGGAUUGAGGCUUGUAACUACGCCUUGCUCACACUCGGAAUUGCGUUUGGAUGUCUACCAACAAUGGCAGGACACAAUGAAUUAAACAACAAUUGCUUCAGGGAUGCUGUACUUAUGGUUGGCGCCGUUGCAUUGACAUCUGUAUACGCUGGGUUUGCCUUCUUCGCCAUCAUGGGUCACGUCGCUUACCUGCGGGGUGUGACUGUGGACGCGUUCCAAACCUCAGGAUACAACCUUGGAUUCAUCGUAUACCCAGAAGCCGUGGCUUCCCUCCCCUUGCCUCAGUUGUGGUCUGCCUUGACCUUUUUGAUGUUGAUAACACUCGGAAUGGACUCUCUGGUACCAUGCUUUGAAAUCGCAGUAACAGCAGUGUCAGAUCACUUCCCCAGCCUAGCACGCCGACGUUGGUUGGUUAUCAUCAUUGUCCUGGUCCCUUGCUGCCUCCUCGGCCUACUUUACACGUCACAGGGGGGCAUGUACAUGCUUACACUGGUGGACUGGUAUGCGUUCUUCCCCUCAGUAGCAGUUUUUGGCAUGUUGGAAUGCUUCGUUGUCAGCUGGAUCUAUGGCACACACAGAAUGGAGAAGGUCAUUAACUUAAUGUGGGGGAAGACUGUUCCUUGGGUCCUGACCUUCUGCAUGAAAUUUGUCAGCCCAGGACUCCUCUUGAUCAUCUUCUGCUAUUCCCUGUACUCGUACCGACCCCCGAAAUACGGAGACUACAUCUACCCCGCCUGGGCCACAGGACUUGGAUGGAUGAUAUCAUUUGCUUCAGUCUUACCUCUGCCUGUUGUCUUCAUCUGGACAGUGUACAAAACAGAGGGAAAUACAGUCGGAGAGAAAUUAAAGAAGUCGCUGGAACCCGACACACACUGGGAACUUUCUUCGUCGUUUGCAGAUACAGUUAAUGAGAACACCCUGGAACUAAUCAUUUAAUUUAAUUUAAUCAUCGGGAAGUUUAUGCAACAACGACUCCCAAAUACCUUCUCAAAGACAAUAUUUGAACUGAAGAUGAACGUGUUACUUGUCGUUAUAAGGCUGAAAUUAUGCCGACGCGACGUUAAAUUUUAACUCACUCACUACAGAGUGUUACCCCACUGUUUUAGAUAUUAUAUGUAUUUGAUCACCAUUAACUUCACCCGAAGACACGGAUGGUUAUCAUAAAGCUUAUGUUCUUAUUUCACAAUCAACUAUAUAAGGGUGGUUGGGUAGCCUAGUGGUUACAGCAUGUAUGGUGUCGCCCGCGUGAUAUUGCAGGAAUAUUACUUAAAGCGGUGUAAAACCUCACUCACUCACUCAAUCACUCAACUAUAGCCCUUGACAAUGAAGUCACGUUCGGGGACUAUUUACCUUUAGGAUAAUGUGAUAAUAAGCUGCAUAUACGUAGUUCCUGACACAAGAACAAAUCAUUUGAACAUAUAAAGGAUAUAUUUAAAGUUGAGCUUAUGCAUGUGGUAGACACAUUUGAUAUUAAACUGACAACAAGCACUCUUUUCCUAUCAACUGUUAUGAGAGUAUUUUAUGAAUGCUUCUACUACUAUUUCACUAAGUUAUUUUUUAACUUCCUCUGCUUCUUUGAGUGAGUUGGGUUUAACGCCGCUUUUAACAUUAUUCCAGUUAUAUCACGGCGUGUCAGCUUAAUGUGAG